AUGUUUUCCGUUUUAGCCGACCUGCGUGUAGUAGGAAUGACAGUCCCAUCACAAUGUAAAGCUGAUGUUGCACGUUAUUUUGAAACGGAGAACAGACCUUUUAGUUUGAGUGAUGUUACCAAUGCUUUAAAAAAUUAUGGAAAAACAGUUGUUUCAAAAGCUAUAGACGAACUAGCGGAAUCGGGAAUUCUUCGAGAAAAGUUAUAUGGUAAACAAAAGGUGUACGUCUAUGACCAGUCACGACUGCCGGUGUUUGAUGAAAAUGAGUUAAGGUUACUGGAGGAAGAGAUAACAUCUUUGAGCACUCUGCUGGCGGAAGAACAACACCGGUUGAAAUCACUAUCAAAUGAGUUAAAGAAAGUAACUUCGACGCUGACGAUGGAAGAGGCAACGCAGGAACUGGCACAUGUCGAAAGUGAAUUGAACCGAGUCGAAUCGGAAGUCAUCAGACUUCGAAAAAAGGGUGUGGUCAUCAGACCUGAAGAUUUCGAAGAGGUCACUAGCUCACGCGAUCGUUUCACUACCGAGUGGCGAAAACGGAAGCGAAUCGCCAUGGAUAUAAUUGAUGCAGUUGCUGAAGGGUAUCCAAAAAGCAAGAAACAGCUGAUGUCUGAUGUGGGAAUCGAAACUGAUGAAGACUGCGGUGUCACCUUCCCUAAAGAUCGAUGAUGCAAGAACUGCGGAAGGUUCUACUCGCACCGGAACCCGUUCCUGGCGCCACUUUGUCCUGUUGUUUUUUAUCGCUACUUUUGAGAGUCCUAUACGUAUCCACCA